AUGUAAGGAAUAGCAAAAAUUCCUGUAGAAAUGAGCAAGACAUUGGAUGAUAAUUAUAAGAUGAUCAAGGAUCAAUGCAUAUAUGAAAUGUGUUUGAUGAUUAAUAAUUUAUUAGAUUAAGUAAUUUUAAAAUGUAAUAUGUAGAAAUAAGCACCUCAUAUUCAUAUUCGAUUAUAAUUUCUAUACAAUAUUCAUAAAUGGGAAAAGAAUAUGUGCUUAUCUGAUUUAUGCAUCAACCAAUUAGAAAUGAACAUAAUCGAUAAUAUCAAAUAUGUAUUCAUAUUUCAUUAUGAUAGAGUAUGGGUAAUCAUUAGAGCAAAUAUUAAGAUAAACACAUUUAUUAUAGAUGAAUAAAAUCGAACCUUCUUAUGAAUUUAUGAGACCAAUCCCAACCAUAUAUCAUCAUUAAAGUUUUGAUUAUAUUCAAUUGGAUUUAAUUCAUCCAAAUAUAUGGGACUAUAACAUAAGUCCUUUGAUAAAGUUUCGUCAUUUAUUGUGUUAAGCUUAAUGUUAAGUUAAAUUAGAAUGAAUUUUGUAUGCUAAACUUUAAUAGGG